AUGAGACUUGCCAAGGCGGACUCCCGGCAGCCCCCGGGGCUACUGUUCUUCACCGCCCAGCACAAGUUUGAUGUUCCGGAGGAACAGGCAAAGUACAGCUUUGUCGCCGAUCAGAUAACGGAAUGCGACAAUGGGCUGCCGUUCGUAAGCAUUGACUUCAGUAACUUCGAAAUAAUUAACCAAGACGAUGGUACACUGUUUUACAAUGGAAGCUUAACAAUGCUGAAGGACUUCAAUUCACCAUGGAGGAUUAAAAUAACAUCGAAACGAUUGGAGCGCGGAACUUGGCAGCCAGGUAUAAUUGCCAAAGAAAUUUUCGAUUUAUGUAAGAUCAUUGGAAAUCCUCUCGAACCUGGCAUAUAUAAAGUUACUCAAAUGUUGGAUAAGAAAGCCUGUCCGUUUAACGCAGGGCAUUCUGAGCAAUUCGACAUGGUAAACGUCGGAACGUACGGUUUGAAUUUGCCACCCUCGUUCGCUGGAGACUGGAAAUUCUAUGUGGAAAUAUGGACAGUUCGCCGUGGCACGAUCGACCAUGAGUGCUACAUAUUUCCGGCGACCGUUUAUGAGGUAUGAUAUCAGAUUUGGAGCGACCAACGGAACGGAAUGAAUGAUACCGUUAAACAUGGUAAAUCAUAAUAUUAACAUAAUAUUGUAACAUGGUAUAUUUGGUUAUAAACAACAUUAGAUACUUACCUUACCAUUUCUUGGUUGUCCUUUGCAGUACAUGGUAGUCGUU